AUGAAUACAAAUAACAAUAAUACAGAUGAAUUUAAUGAAGAAGAAACCUUUAUUUUUGAAUAUGACCAUGAUAACUUUCUUGAAACAUACCAAAUAGCAGAAAAUAAUUAUAUCGAUUAUGAGGUAGAUGAAGAAUAUGAUACAGAAGCAGCACAUGUAGCAAAUGAAAUAGAAAUAAUAGACUCUGUAGCUUCUAGUAAUAAAUUAGAAGAUGAAAAUUAUACGAUACCACAAGAAACACAAGGGAAACUUACAGCUUGUUGUAUUAUGGAUUAUGAAAAUAAAAGUUUUCAAAAGUGUGGAAGUGAAAAAAAAUUACAGAAAUUAUCUCAGCUAAUUGGAAUUUGGAAAUUGGAUAAGGAAGUUAUCAAUAGCGUAGAAAAAGAUUUUUCACGUCUUGGAAUUUGCAUGUUACACUUUAAUUAUAAUCAGUGA